AGGCCGGUCGUCCGUCAAUGGUGGUUUCGAGGAUUCGGGGCCUCGGAUCUCGCGCUUGUUGACUUUGUCUCGUCUUUCGAUUGAAGGGGGAGAUGCGAGGGGACUUGGUGUUCUUGAGAAAGUCGCGCCCGCCCCGCCCGGUGAUCUCGCCGGUGGAUUCGGGGGUUGGUUUGGUUUGGUUUGGUUUUUCGUUGGCUUCGAAUUGGGUGUCGUGGGUGUUGUGUUGUGGUUAGGAAGAUUCGGGGAGAUGAUUGUGUUGUGGUUGCUGCGCUUGAAUCGAUUCGGGGGCUGCUGAUUGCGCGCUUGCUUGCUUGCUUGGUGGGUUCGUUAAGUAAUUGCGCUCUCCGUUUUGGGUUCUUUGCUUUGGAUAUAGUUGGUGAGGUUGUUCUUCGAUCUGCACUGCAUUGGAAUAAGCUAAUGGCGCGGAGACUUUAGAGGUCAAAGAGGCAUGCUCUUUGUGCUUCUCUCGAGUUUUCGAGUGGGAUUGGGGGGUUUUCUGGCGUUGUUCGGUGUCUUGAUCAUGGCGAUUCUUCGGUAUAGAGCCGGGGCCGCCGGCUCUCCAUGCAAAUAAAAUCUAAUUCAGGGCUACCAUGUUUGUGUAAUCAGGCAAUGCAUAGGUGACUGUCGAGAUGGAGGCUGAGGAAAAGAGAACUUUUUUAGAAUUUUCUUAAAGAGGCCAUUGAACGUUGGAGUGGCUUCAAUUUUAAUGCCUUUGUUUUGCAUCUUUCUUCCGUGUCUAUAGUUCAGACGGAUCAGGUAGAAUGAUGAUGGACUGAUCUGUUUGUUUUGGCGGGAGACAUAUAUGAUUGAUCAGCAUCUGGUAAUUUUAGCUGAACAAUUUCUCUUAUACACAGGUCAAAGUUCUAUUGCCCAAAAAGAUUAGGAACCAAUUUGGGCUUUGGAUUUAUGCUCCUCUUCUUGUCGAAGGAGAGGGCUUGUUUUAUGCUUCAGAUUUGCCGCUCAUAUCGUUACUAUCGAGCGGAUGCAAUUGCGAGAUUCGUUCUUCUUUUUCUUUUCCAUUUUCUUUACAAAGGGGAUAGUGAGAUGAACUUGUUAGUUCAUUAGCUCUUUCAACCUAGAAUUUGGAGUGGGCUUUUUGCAGAUGAAUUCGUUGUUUGUUUUCACCACCUCCCCUCUCUUGCAUAAUCGAUUUGAUUGCCAUUUGGAUGAUUUGAAAGCGGAGAGCAAGUCCCAUUUGGAUAAAAGAGACAGAAAAAAACCUCAAGGAUACUUACUUUGAGGUCUUUGAUUAUUGUUUUCUCUUUUUUCAUGCGACAGUAGAUUAUAAUCUUCUUACCAUUAGCAAUAGUGUACCAAGAUCCUUACUUUUCCAGUGGAUCUUUGAGAUAAUUUAGUCUAGCUGGUGCUUGCUUUUGCUUUAUACAUGAUUGUUGUUGGAAAAUAUCUACAACAUAGUGCAAUUGCAAUGUGAUCUGUCUUGUAAAUUCAGUCAGGAAAAGAUUAUUUUGGACUCUUCAGUGCUGUUGGAAGAGCAGGCUGGAAACAAGAUCAUCCGAAAGUCAAAAAGAAUCUUUUCUGUUACGUAAAGCACAUAAAAAACGCACUACUUUUUUUAAAAGAUGGGAGAAUAGUGAAACAUAGCAUACUCUCAAAAGCUAUAGAAGAGGACGAAAGUGUCUAAUGCUGGGGCCACAUCUAUCAUAUCCUAUGGUACGACUGUUGUUCAUUGUAUUAUUUAGUACCUUGUUUGUUUGAUUGCAUUUGGGUUUGUAAGGUCCAUAAUUGUUUGGUUCCUUCUUAUGAUCUUAGCCAUUUGGUGGGUCCUUGUUUGGUGCGUUUGGUAUGGUUAUUUCUCGCACAAGGAGUUUCAUAAGCUUUUCUCAGUUAUCUAUAUAUGCAGGCAGCGUUUCUUGGACCUCAAUGAACUCGAGAAUUCAUUAGAAUCUCUUCUUUUUUCUUGUCACAGUUAUUAUUGCAAUUCUCAAGAUACAUCCAUGGCAUUCGAGCAAUACUUUGCCCGGGAGUGGAGGCCCAUCUCUGGACCGGCAAUAGAUUCUGGAAGUAGCAAUGGCUGUUUCGACUGCAACAUCUGUUUAGACUUUGCGGUCGAGCCCGUGGUUACUCUCUGUGGUCACCUCUACUGUUGGCCCUGCAUCUACAAAUGGCUCCAUGUACAAAGCGCCUCGCUUGCUUCUGAUGAGCACCCGCAAUGUCCCGUCUGCAAGGGUGAAAUAUCGCACACAGCCAUGGUCCCUCUCUACGGCCGCGGCCAAAGCUCUAAAGAGUCCGAUCUACAAGACAAGGCACUCCAAAUAGGAACAAUUGUACCUCCGAGACCAGCAGCUUGUGGCAUCCAAGCUCUCGCCUCUACGACACCCACCACCGGUCAGCAACUCCCCUACCGUAAUCCUUACCAAAACCCGUACUACAGCGCCAAUUCGUUUGAAGAAGAUUCGCCAUCGCCAUUCCUCAGCAUGGGAUCCGUGGGCCUCCACCACUCGAUGGUGGGAAUGUUCGGGGAAAUGUUUUACGCAAGAAUCUUUGGCAAUUCGGACAGCCUAUAUGGUUACCCGAAUUCGUAUAGGUACAUCGGAGGAAGCAGCCCGAGGUUGAGGAGGCAGGAGAUGCAGGCGAAUAAGUCGCUGAGCAGAGUAACUUUCUUCCUCUUCUGUUGCUUCCUGCUCUGUCUUAUUGUAUUCUGAGCUUGGUUGAAGCAGGCGCUUCCAAUCCCUCACCCAUUUUGUAUCCCUGUAUAGCGUUGAAAUGAAUCUAAAUGGCACUAGUAGAUGGCACGGCUUGCCCUA